AUGUUUUGCUGGCGGCUUGUGCAUUUUCCAGAAUCUCAAGAUCUCGAUACCAUGCAAGAGGACAACAUUUCUAGUCUCGAUGAUAUUCUGGCCCAUCUUAUCAUAUUGUUCGCCCAUGACCGGGCUUCAUUGUUGAAUCAUAUUGUCCAGAUGUUCCAAAAAAUUGGCAUCCAUGUUGCGGUGGACACCCCUUCGUUUAAUGAGGUGCUUUCCUCGCUAUGUUUCUCCGUUCUAUUUAAGCUCUUUAAUUUGUUCUUAAGCUUCACCCACGCUAAUUGGAAACAAAAGCUUUUUAGCCCAGUAUCACACCGAAAUCCAAGAACCCGGUAUGCUGAUAAUGGAAAACAUUCUGGGCCUGCUGGAUAUUAUGAAGCCCAACAGAUCAUCAAGUUACGUGUUCAAGUCGGCGUCAAUUUCGCUGUUUUGCGGUCUGUUCGAGGUGAUCAAAGAAAACCUGAUGCAGUAUCCCGAGUAUAUUUGGCCCUUUGUCGAAUGCUCGUUUUCCCUUGUUGA